UUUCAUGGACCUCCCCAUCACCAUAACCUCAAUCAAACCCUUCAUAAAAAUCACAACUUGAACCCCAAAAACAACCACCGCGGUUGAGAUGUCCCCGCCGCUCCCACCGCCACUAACCAACCGUCUCUUAGGGCAGCCCAUCACCAACCUUCCCUCCUUACCGGAUCUCUACCUCACCACCCUCUCCGUCUGCUUCCUCUUCACCUCCUCCAGGUCCCACCACUCCACCUCCUGCCCCUUCCCCUCUCUCCCUCUCAACCGUCGCCGUUUCCUCAAAAUCCCCGCCAUGUCCCACUCCACCACGUCAUCUUCGCCACCAAACCCUUCAAACAACAACCUCCUCAGCAGCCUCAACCCCCGCCACAGCUUCGCGUCCCCGCAGUCCCUCUCCGACUGGCUCAAACCGCGGUUACCCACUGAUUCCUUCGCGACAUGGGGCGUCAAGCCCGGCACCAAGAACGUCCACAACCUCUGGCUCGAGAUCGCCGAGGGCGAAACCUCACUCGAAGACUCCACCCCGCCGAUCCGAACCGUUCAGGUCGUCACGGUUCGGGUCACCGGAAAGGAUGGGAAGUUCCUGGUGGAGUCUCACCAAGAAUUGUCAGACGGGAACGUGAGGAAACGUGGCAGACCCUUGUCGGAGAAGAUGAAGCCCAACGAGGACCCUGAAUCCGCCGCCGUGAGGGCCAUCAGGGAAGAGCUUGGCUCCCUGAUAGGGGGUGGCGCUGAAGGCGACAUUGUGACGAUUGAUCCGAAUUCGUAUGAGAUGAGGGAGGAGGUGCGGUGUUCGGGUUCGUACCCGGGCUUGCCAGGUUGCUAUGUUCUGCACACGUUGAACGCCACCGUGGAGGGUUUGCCGGAGGGUGAUUUUUGCACCUAUGAGCAUGAUGAGUACUCUUGUUUGGAUGACAAGAAAGUGGCAAACCAGGCUGUGGGUGUCAGGAAACAUCAUUGGACAUGGGUUAGUGCUGAUUCUUUGGAACAUUGAUGUCAGUUUUUCUUUAGUUUUUACUUUGAAAUUUAGAUAAUUUUUUUGGGGUGGUGAUGGAGAUGCUAUGUUUGCCUAUGAAUAUUGGGACUCUGGAGCAUGCUUGCCAUUUAUGUAGGCAUUUUCUCAUUAUUCAUGGUCUUUUAUCAUUAGUAUUAAUCUUGACUCUAAAGUAUGAAGAGUGUGAAGUUUUUGUAUCAGUAUAAAUUGAUCAAUUUUUGGAGCUUAUAAAUUGAAAUUGAAGAUCAA